ACUUCCUUGUACUGUAGAGACCGGAAGAUCAGCCCCUUUUGGGGCUGCCAGUAGCUGCAGCGAGUUAAUCUAAAAUGAAAAAAAGUUUUGGAUUCAGAAAUCGCUGGUUCGAUUUUAAAGACAAUGGUAGACCAUUGUCGUGUCAGACUUCGGUUUAAGUCAUAAAAGAAGAAAGAGGUCUGCUAGCUCUUUCAGAAAUAAGUCAUCAAAAUGGCUCAAGAGAAAAUGGAGCUGGACCUUGAGAUGCCUGUAUCCGUAUCACAAAGUGAUGGGAGUUUGAGAAGAUCCAACAGCGCGCCUAUGAUCAAUGGGCUAAGUGAUACUUCACAGGUGUUUCAGCACGAUGGGUUGAGAAGUCGCAGAAACAGCACAACAAUUGUGAACCGUCACAGUCUGCUUAUUGUGCCAUCCUCACCAAUUCGAAUACCUAGUAGCCGACUGCAUCAAAUUAAACGGGAAGAAGGUGUUGACUUGAUUAACAGAGAAACAGCUCAUGAAAGGGAAGUGCAAACCGCCAUGCAGAUGAGCCUUUCUUGGGAAGAAAGCCUGAGCCUGAGUGACAAUGACUUUGAAAAAUCCUCUUCUCCUAAACGCAUUGACUUUGUUCCUGUGUCUCCAGCUCCAUCUCCCACCAGAGGAAUAGGAAAGCAAUGUUUUUCACCUUCUUUGCAAGUUUUCGUAAGUAGCAAUGGUCUACCUCCCAGUCCUAUCCCCAGCCCAACAAGGCGAUUUACAACCAGGAGAAGUCAGAGCCCCAUCAACUGUAUCAGACCCAGUGUUCUUGGGCCCAUCAAAAGAAAAGGUGAGAUGGAAACUGAAAGCCAGCCAAAGAGACUCUUCCAAGGAACAAGCAGUAUACUGUCACCUGACGUCACGCACUUACCAGAUCUUAGUUCAUGCCUGUCUUCAGAUAUCCUAGAUGUCAGUAUCAGCAGCAUAGGUUCUUCCACAGAUUCUCCAGCAAAGGUCAGCACAAUGACAGACUCACCAGUCACAUCUUCAGAUUCAUGCUCUUCGUUUCUUCCAGUAGAUGACCUUUCACCUAAGUGACCCUAUUUGCUCCUGGGUCAGCAGUGGACUUUGUGCUUUUUUCUUUUGUUUAUUGUACAGUGUGGUAAAUAAUUUAAACAGACACUUUCAACAUUUGUGAUCUUUCAUCUAAGCAGAGCUGUUUCAUGAAGUGUGUACUGCCCAAGUUGGAUUUCUUCCUAAAACCUGCACAUUUCAACAAAGAAGACAAAACCCUAAGGUGAAUAGUAACAACACAUUCUUUGGUGUAAAUGGACUGCAUACCUGAUUUGUAUAUAUAUGUAUAUUGUAGAACCCCUAUGCUGUACACCAAAAAUGUUCGAUAACCCCAGUGUUUUACUGCUGUUGUCAAGAUGACCAUGUCAACUGUCCCAGACGUGUUAAAAUGUCCUAGCAGAAACAUUUUGUAUUAUAUCUCUGACUGUCCACCUUAUAUACUAAAUGUUUGCCUUUUUAAACUAGUUGAAAACAAAAUUCUAGGUAUAUCCAGUGUCGUGCAUACUGCACUAUACCAUAAAUCUGAUAUGUCAUUAUGUUGUUAAUUGUGUAAAAAGUGUUGGUCUCAUUAAAUUAGAUGUAAUAUUUUUUUAAAUGUUUUUUUUGUUUUUGAAAUGUUAACUAUUGCUAAUUUUGCAGUUGUCUGUUAUUUAAAGUGCAACAUAUGAUUUACCAGAAUUAUAAGUUUCUUAUUUUUCUUGGUUUGUAUGAUUGCAUUGAAACCAGGAUCUGCUUUACUUAGCACAAACACCAUAGAGCUUUUGUUUUAAUAAUAGCACUAAUAAACUGUAUCCUUUCUGAAAAUGUUGACAUAACCUGUGCUUCAAAAUGAGCACAACUUCUGGCAAUAUUUUGUGGUGAAGAAAAAAAAAUCAGUAUUUUUGUGCAAGAUUUAGAGAACUUUGUAUAGGUUCCAGUUGUCUUUAUGUGUAUAUAAGUGUUAUUUUUGUUUUGUUUUUGUCUUGAUUGUUGCAAGAAGCACCUUUUACAGGUCAAUAACUACUGGUAUAUUGUCACCUGUGCUAUCUUUUUUUUUUUUUUUUGCCUGUGGAGUGUUUAUAGAGUUCCUCUUCCUAAAAUGUGCAUAUUGUAAAGUAACAGAAGGUAGUGUAUGAUUCAUAUAUAUUGUAAUACAUUGCUCAUUAUGUAUACAAGCUGACAACUUUAGUAUUGUAUGUGUAUAAUUCAUAGUGAUACUUAAAACCAUUUCAUCCACUGGUUUAAAUAAAUUAUUAGUUGUAAAGAGA